UCCCUAUAGUCUUCGCUCCGGACUUCUCCACCUCUCUGGCCGGUCGGUGUAUUUUCCCGGGAAAUUCCGAGUUUCCGUCGAGAUUCCCGACCGCGAUUUUUUUACGUUGAUUUCCAUAAACAGUUACCCAAUCUUUUAGCUCGGCCUGCGCGUUCUUUCGAGGCAUAGAAUCUUCUUCCACUGGAAGCCAGACUUUGUUUCGAUAUUAAUCUCGAUCGGUUAUUUGUUUCGAUCUUCGGUAUAUUAAUUUCUUUGGUGCAGAGGAGCGUUUUCUGCUUCGGAAUUUGAAGGAGGUUUUGUUCAUUAUCGGUGAGGAUGGCAAGUCACGGCGGCUCGUCUAGGAAAAGUUUAACGUUAUCGAGCCAGGCGAGGAAGAAAGCAUCUGAGAAUAUAGGCUCUGAUCUUGCGCGAAAAUCUCUCACAUCUUCUCGCUCCAUGGGAGUAACUGGAGAGCGUACAGUAAAAAGAUUGCGGCUAUCCAAGGCCCUAACAGUACCGGAAAACACAACAAUUUAUGAGGCUUGCCGUCGGAUGGCUGCUCGUAGAGUUGACGCUUUGUUGCUAACCGACUCAAACGCAUUACUAUGUGGAAUCCUGACAGACAAGGAUAUAGCUACAAGAGUUAUUGCUCGUGAGCUCAAUCUUGAGGAGACGCCUGUUUCAAAAGUUAUGACCAGGAACCCAGUAUUUGUUCUUUCUGACACACUUGCUGUGGAAGCACUUCAGAAGAUGGUGCAAGGAAAAUUCAGGCAUUUGCCUGUUGUAGAGAAUGGAGAAGUCGUUGCCUUACUGGACAUAGCAAAGUGUUUAUAUGAUGCUAUUGCUCGCAUGGAAAGGGCAGCUGAAAAGGGGAAGGCUAUUGCUGCAGCUGUUGAAGGUGUUGAAAAACAUUGGGGGACUUCUAUUUCUGGCCCCAAUACAUUCAUUGAGACACUUCGAGAGCGCAUGUUUAGGCCCUCACUGUCCACAAUCAUUCCGGAGAAUUCAAAGGUUGUCACAGUUCCACCAACUGAUACAGUUUUAAUGGCAACAAAGAAAAUGCUUGAAUCCCGAACAAGCUCUGCUGUGGUUGUUGUGGAUAACAAACCCCGGGGAAUUCUAACUUCAAAGGAUAUCUUGAUGCGAGUGAUUGCUCAAAAUCUCUCUUCAGAGUCGACUGAUGUUGAGAAGGUCAUGACUCCCAAUCCAGAAUGUGCGACGGUUGAUACUCCAAUUGUUGAUGCACUGCAUACCAUGCAUGAUGGAAAAUUUUUGCACCUACCUGUUGUGGAUCGAGAGGGGAUUGUGGUUGCUGUUGUUGACGUAAUUCAUAUAACCCAUGCUGCUGUGGCUACUGCUGGAAAUACUGGUGGGGUAAAUAACGAAGCUGCAAACACAAUGAUGCAAAAGUUUUGGGAUUCUGCCAUGGCUCUCAGUCCUAAUGAUGAUGAUGAGGAGACCCGCAGUGAAAAUUCCUUGAGAAUGGCAUCAGAUGGAGCAGAGACUGGGAGAUCCCUUCCCUAUCCCUCAUCUGGGCUGCCAUAUACUUUCGCUUUUAAAAUUGAAGACAGGAAGGGUCGAAUGCACAGAUUUACAUGUGACACCAGGAGUUUGACAGAUCUAAUAACUGCAAUUCUUCAAAGGGUGGGAGAUGAUAUUGACUGUGAUAACCUGCCUCAAAUUCUGUAUGAAGACGAAGACCAUGACAAAGUUAUGCUGGCAUCUGAUAGUGAUCUUGCCGCUGCCGUUGAACAUGCCAGAUCAGCCAGUUGGAAGGGUUUGAGAUUGCACUUGGAUUAUUCAGGAACACCUGCUAGAAGGAGAGGCUCUAGUUCAGGGAGUUUGGAUUAUGCUCAAAAAGAUGCAUGGGCUUCCGCAUACAGUGCUGUCGCGGCAGGUGCAGCCCUGGUUGCCGGGCUAGGUGUAUUAGCAUACUUGAAGAGAGCCAACUAUUAAUUUUGUCAAAGUUUUCCGAUCCAUAGAUGGACAUGUUAAAAGAGUAGCAGAGCUGAGUUGCUCAUACACUGAAGGCCGAAUUCAAAUGCGUGUACUUGGUAUGUGUUUUCCUUGAACAAUAAUAUACUCAAAGCCUAGUCCUUUACUUUGGUUGAUCCAUCAAACAAUACACACUUGCCCCUCCUUGCUUUUUUUCUUUUUAUUCUUUGUCAAUGAAGUUGUAAGGCUUCAUGAAGUCAUAAAAAAUUGCGUGUAGGAAUAAAUGGUGGCAUUUGAGGUAUGGAAUUUGUGGACGAGGUUUUGACGUUCUGAUUCGCAUAAA